CCAGUAGACGUAACUCCAAUGCCGACCGAUGGCAUUCCGGAAGACGAACACCACUUGGAAGAUGCCCGAACCGGGAUUGGAAGAUGUCUUCCGGAAUAGGAAGAUCACCGUCGUUGCAGUGUGGCACCUGAAGGAGGGCUCGCGGUGCCGAGGGAGCUUCGGUGAACUUAAAAGCGAAUUUUAAUCGAUUAGCGUCAAUUAAAAUUACAACAACAACCCUGCAACAACAAUGAGGGCGUGGGUCGCCUGUUUGGCGCUGGCCGCCUUGUUGGGGGCUGCGUCAGCCGACGAGAAGGCCCUUACCGUGGAGUUUGAUGUGAGGCCCGGGGGGAUCGUGCACUCGUUUAAGCAAGAGCUGGGGAAAUUCGGCUGCACAUUUACCUACGCAGCACAGGGAGGGACAAACGAGCAAUGGCUGAUGAGCUUGGGGUCGAAUGAGGAUCAUUCUCUUUUCUCCUGCUCCGUGUGGAGGCCAAACGGGAAGUCAUAUCUGUUCUUCGUUCAGUUCAACACUGAGAUUUCUGGAGCCAAAGUGGAGUUCGCGGAAGCCUUUUCGCAAGCAGCUACAAGUAACCUGAAGGACAUCGCUUUGAAGCCAAGUGAAAUUGUGGUUGGGGAACACACAGUGAGCCACAACCCGGGCCAGUUUGGAUCGCAGCUUUCCAAGCUCAUGAUCGUGUCGAGGAAACCUCACGAAGAGCUGUGAUCGCCUCUCUCACUAUGUCUCUCUCCGCCACACAACUCUCCCAUUAUUUAUCCACGUUUCAUUUGAGACCCUGUAACUCGUUCUCUUUACACGCCAAACCACAUUCACACACUCUCCUCUGCAUCCCACACUCCUAAUCUCUCUCCAUUUCCCCCUCUCUACUCCUUCCUCCCAGGCGUCUCCUCUGCACUUCACACAACUCUCACGCUGUCAAUGGAGACACAACUGCUGGGAUUUGGACUCGUUUUAAUAUGAGCCAGUCGUAGCUCUGUGGCUGAAAAGGCCAUUGCAGACGCACCGAGCUAGAACCUUUUGACACUUGUGAGUUUUAAUUAAUCCUUGCGGGGGCUGGACGUUUUGUGUCGAAGGUUCGUCAUCGCUGAGUCGCACUGCUGAGAUGCGAGGUUUGAUCCCUUGGGUCGGAUGUCUCAAGGGGCUCAUGAUGGCCGUGGCAGACUCUUGAGCCAGCAGUGCGAAGUCGAAGCCCCCUGUGCUGUGGGAGUAAUUGAACAAACACUGGUGACGUCAUGAGCCAAGUUUUCAGGGGUGGGGUUCUCACAUUCUUAUUAGGAGGGUGACAAUGGCUGUUUCGGACACUAAAGAAGUGCUUCGGAGAUCCCGGGGUUGGUUAUUCUACUGUUUCCUUACAAUGGGGGUUCCUCAUGGCCAUGUCUGGAACAUUGAUCCAGCAAUGCUGAGAUCUUGAGUUUAAAUCCGGGCACCUACCCUGUGAUUAAACUGGGUUCUCAAGCAUUACGAAUUCGAUGUCUCAGCCCGGUCACCAAUCACUGCUCACAAUUGAAAAAAAUAAAAGGAUCUUUCCAUUUGAGCAUGCUCAGCUCUGAGGUUAUACAUCUGUACGAUCCUUUUUCGUUUAAAAUCACAGAAAACUAGGCCAGUCGCCCAUCUGCACAGCUGAACUGAAUGCCGUAUUUGCGGCUGUGGUAAAAUCGGCCCUUUUGGAGGACAUGGAGCAGUUAAUCACUGUAGUUUUGCUGUAAUGUGGUGGAGUUUGGAAUGGAUUGAACAUUCCUUCGGGUAUAUAAAGGUUAAAAUUUAAAAGAAGCAAACUGGAAAACAUUUCCACUCAAUAAAAAAAUGGUUUUGUUACUUUAAA